GUAACAUGAUUUCCAGUUGCAAGAUGACGCCAUGGCUGGUGGCUGUUUUUUGUCUGGCAACCGCAGGUUGCUUAAACGUCACGGAUCAACAGACAUCGGAAUCGCAAAAUGAGCAAGUUGCGAUUCUUAAACAAUUGAGAAAAGUUAACGAUGAUGGAUCUUACACUUUUGGGUAUGAAGCUGGCGAUGGCUCUUUCAAGGUAGAAACCCGCGACGUGCUUGGCAAUGUUAAGGGUACGUUUGGUUUUGUCGACGGCGAUGGUGAAAUAAAACGAGUAACUUACUCGUCAUCAAACGGAACCGGGUUUAAAGCAACGACGAUCUCGCCAUUGCAGGAGCGGCCUUCAGUAGUCCAGGCGAUUCCUCGCAGCAAUCGAAGUUCAUCAAGCACAAGAAGACCGAGUUCAAUGUCAACAUCUACGGAAUCAUCAAUGUCCUCUACACUGUCCACAUCAUCCUCAUCAACAUCAUCGACGAUCAACUCAAAGCUCAAUUUAGGACCAUCAAUCCUCCGCAGAGCCAAGACGACCCCAAUGACCAGUUCAAGUUCCAAUUCAACGACAACAGAGUCAGCGCCCAAAACUACAUUCGGCACCUACUUAAAAACCACAAAACGUCCCCGAUUGUUCUCUAAUCAGCACAGACCAAGCCCGGAUCCAGAGUCUAGUGAGCAAGAAUCUUCGGACAACUUAGAAGAAGACUCCCAGAUCACUCGGCCAACCGUCGAAGCCAAAGCUGCUACGCAGCGUAAGAGCUACUUCACAAAACGGCCUCUUGAUCACACUCUCCGUCCAAUAACCGAAGAGUUCGAAGAAAAAGAAGAAGAGUCCAAGUCGCAAGUCAGUGGCAACAAUUUACGCCGGCAGCUGCAAGACGAAACUACCAUCAAGGUUCGCGAAUCCCAAGAAAGCAGCGACGAACACUCUGACGUCUAUCACGCAGGAUCACUAUCGACUCCCCGUCCGUUAUUCACCACAACAAACAACCCAAAAAUAAUCCAACGCGUCAGGAUGGAACGCCCGAAGCUGCUCUACCACCCCAACAAUCAUCAGCAGCAAGUCAAGUCUUCAACAGACGAAAACUACGGCCCAGCGCAGUUUGAUGAUAACAAAUACCAGAGUCAAAAAAAUUACGAGGCUGAGAACAAAGUUGCUGAACAGGAGCGAGAAGCACGUGAACAAUUUGUCUACAGAGUCCCACAAGCUCGCUUGUCUCCCAGAGACUAUGUAAGACCCAUGGACCCAACUUACAUUCGCCGACAGCAAAUCCUCCGGGACUUGCCUCCGGGACUGUUUGUCCAGCCUCAGGAUGACGAAGAAGAGUAUCAGCCACCGGUUGAAAGAAUCCUAGCUCGACUGCAAACCAGAGCUUACCCACGACCUGACCCAGAAAACGUCGACUACAUCUCCGAAGCUCCGGCGAUGGAAGUUCAGCCUCAAGCACCGCCUCCGCCUCCAGUUCCUGCUCCUGCAACAGUAAACCAUCAGAACUACAUCCCUCGACAAUUCGUAAGGCUGAUCAGGCCCUACAUGGAUCACGAACCAAGACCUCGAGGCUACAUGAGACUUCAAGACGAAAAGGACUACAUGGAUGGCUAUCACCGGAAUGUUGUCCUUCCUCCAGAACCGCCUAAUCCAAUUGCUCCGCCGCUCAGCCGUCGGGAUUUCCAGCUGCUUCUUAGGCGGCUGCUUGUCAGCCAGUAUGGCACCCAAGCCUUGAGCCACCCGCGAUCCUACUUGGACCACGCUUUGUACGAUGAACAGGCUUAUUAUCAGCGACCCAGGUUGAUGUAUGAGGAGCCUAUUCCCGCGCCAAGAGCUCGUCUCAUGCCUAUUGAUCCUCUCUACAAUCCGUACUAUCAAGACCCGAAUCAGAAUUAUCAAGAUCCUAGAUACGCGAGGAGAGUCUAUCGUCAGAAAUUCUACGAGCAGGAUAUCAAUGAAAGUGAUGGGAAUAAUCAUGGAGACGAAAUCCUGCCACCGCCGGUCAGAGAAGCGCUUUUGCUUCGCAUGCUACAAUUGGCUAUUAAUAAUCAACGCGCGAUGGCGCCCAACGCUGUUUUAAUGAGCCCCACGCCAUCUAGCCAGAUGACGCCGGUAACUACUUCCGGCUAUAGGAAAUCCGGGCCUGUCAGAAGCGUGCAAAUUAUUUCUGAUGAUAAAUCUGAAGAUAAAGAUGACAGAAAGAAAUUAUAAGGUUUUAUUGUUGAAUGUUAUUAUUAAUGUAGCAAGGGAAAAUAUUUUUGUUUUAUCUAGAUCUUCUGAUGUUGUUUACGGCUUUCCCACAUUUAUAUUCGUGAGAAAUGUGAAAUCUAUUAAGUCAUCAUAACAAUUGUGCCGUAUGAUGUUUUUUUUCUUUUUUUUUUUGUUAAGUUAAAUCAUUAUGCAUUUUUAGUCCAUUACGUAUAAAAUAAUACAGAUUUACAUUUUAUUCAUAUUCAUUCUGUAAGAUCUUUUAUAUUCUUAUUUUUAUCCAUUUAUUGUAGAGGAAUUUCAUUGUAAAUAUAGGCGACAAUGUACAGUAUAUAAAU